AUGCAGCAAUCUCUAACGACCCCUGCCUUUAAAUCCCUCGCACGCUCUCCCGACCUGUCGCCAUUCCCACGACUGCCGCCCGGGCAUCUUACCCAUGCGCCGCGGCCCUUGUCUCGCAUCGGCUGCCGCGUUGCUAAGCUGUUACUCACCCGAACCCAUGACGGCAGCCCCCCGCGUCCCCGCCCGCGUACCUGGGCGCGGUCAUUCUGCCUGACGCGGACGGACGCCCUCGCCGACGUGCGCACCCGCCACGUCUACCCGCCACAAGCCCCCACAUCGCCCGUCACCCUCAUCGCUCCGGUGGCGACGCCCGCGUCGCACGCAGCGUCCCCGCGCAAUCGAUGCUGCGCCCGCGCGUGCGCAUCCUCGCAUUUGCGCCAUUCGCGUGCGUGCCACCGUGAUCCCCGCGACCCCGCGUGCCCUGAUCGGCAUCUUGGCUCCUCGCGGAUGUGCACGACACGCCGUGCCCCUCACGACACGCCGUGCCCCUCACGACGCGCGCGCGCCGGCCUGCCGUCAUCCCGGGAUGCCCCCCACGAGCUCCCCGCGCGGGCCGCUGCUGCGCGCGUGCCUCUGCUGGAUUCUGGGGGCGGGGAACACCUCGACACAGGAGGCGCUGACGGUGCCCGUCCGUCAAUCAACACCAGCCAGGCGGGAGAGCCCGCACACACCGCCCGCGCGUCCGCGACUCGGGCGCGAAACCAAGUGGCUCUGCUCCCACAGUGCCGCGUGAUCACAGCGGGCCAAGACGUACCGCAGCCCGGAGCGGAGGAGCGGCACACGGCCGCCGUCGCAGACACCAUUGAGUCGAGUCGGAGGCUGGGUGCACAGCAGAACACGUCGAGCCGCGCGCUGCAGCACGUCUAUUCGAGUGAGUCUACCAUCGCGAAGCCAUCAGCGUCCGUCUGCGUGCCCUGGGUCUGUGCCCGCGCUCUGCCUGUGCCGACGCCCGCGCUCUGCACGACGCCUCCCCCGCCAUCUUCUGGCCUAAUGCGCACGCCGGGCCCACAACCACAUGAGCCUCGAGCGACCGUGGGUGGCGUUGCGGAUGGAGCGCGCGUGCGCGCGCAGUCUCCCGCACUCGGUCAAGACGCGCUGCCCAUACCGUCGCGCGCGCCCGCAGCAGCAGCAGCAUUACUACAAAUGCACAUAAAAGUGUAA